CGAGGUUGUCUCCAAUAACAUUAUUUUACUUGUUUUCUCAUACAUGAGAAGAUUGUUUUCUUGUAUAGAUUAUCUGCUACAAGCAGAUGUUGAUGGACCAAUUUUCUGUUAAAUUAAGUCUAGGAGGGACAAUGUUUUUCAUCCAAAAAGCUUUCCUUUUCCUAUUAUUUGUAGGCAGUGCGCUUAUGAGCUCCAUUAAUUCCCAGCCAAUUACCUACAUUCACCACGAUUGUGGAGAUCAACCUAACAAUUCAUCCGACGCUUCUUUCGAAUCAAACCUCACAGUCCUGCUGGGUUCUUUAUCCUCUAAAGCUUCCGAAAACAACAGCUUCUACAACAAUGCCUCUAAUGGCAUCUACGGCCUCUUCCUCUGCCGAGGUGAUGUUAACACUAGUACCUGCCAAAGCUGUGUCAGCUAUGCGGUUCAAAAUAUCACAAGUCUGUGUCUACCAAAUAUAACUGCCAUCAUCUGGUUCGAUCAAUGCAUGUUAAGGUACUCCAAUUCUAAUUUCUUUGGAGAGGAGGAGACAUCGCCAGCGCUGCUCAUGUGGAAUAUCGAGAAUACCACUUCACCCGACGAUCCUAAUUAUAGAGCACGAGCUCUAAUGUACGAUCUAAUAGCAAAAGUUGAAGGAACAGAUAUGUUGUUCCAGGUAGGGUCUAGCUCGUCUGGGAAUAAUGGGUCUGAGGAUAGAUUUGGGUUGGUGCAGUGUACCAGAGAUAUCACUGAUACUUUAUGCACCAAAUGUUUGGAUGACUUGCUGACUGAAGCCAAUCGGUGUUGCGAAGCGAAGAGAGGGUGGCGCGUUUUGGCCCCAAGUUGCAAUAUAAGGUAUGAGAGCUACUCAUUCAUUCAGCAACCACCUGUGCCGCCGCCUGUGCCGCCGCCUGCACCGCCACCGCCCCAACCUGUGUCUGUAGCACCACAGCCACUGCCUGAUAAUGGAGGAGGAAACAAUACAACAAAGAUCGUAAGCAUUACCGUAUCAUCAAUUGCAGUUGUCGCGGCCCUCUUGGGUUUCUGGUAUUAUUCAUCCUUUUGCAGGAGGAGAAGAAGAGAAGAAGAGGAAAUAAGCCAAGCAAUUAUGUUAGGAAACAGGGAAGGUUCACAGUCAAUAGACUUCAUGGACGGAAGUAUCCAUGCCAGGAAUCAAGACAACAGUGGAGAAAUGCAUUACUUCAAUUUGAGGACCAUACAGGCUGCUACAAAUAAUUUUUCCGAUGUAAAUAAGCUUGGAGAAGGUGGUUUCGGCCCAGUUUACAAGGGAAAGCUGAUUGAUGGAAAGGAAAUAGCAGUUAAAAGGCUUUCAAUGGAAUCUAAACAAGGUCUUGAAGAGUUCAAGAAUGAAGUUUUGUUAAUUGUCAAACUUCAACACAAACAUCUAGUGAGGCUCUUGGGAUGCUGCUUGGAAGGAGGCGAAAAGCUUCUAGUCUAUGAGUACAUGGCCAACACUAGUCUGGAUGCCUUCCUGUUUGAUCCAGCAAAAAGUGGAAUACUAGAUUGGGCUAAGCGCACAAGCAUUCUUAAUGGGAUCGCUAGGGGCCUUCUAUAUCUACAUGAAGACUCUCGACUCAAAAUCAUCCAUAGAGAUAUGAAAGCAAGCAAUGUAUUGCUAGAUGAUGAGAUGAACCCAAAGAUAUCAGAUUUUGGCACUGCUAGGAUUUUCGAAGGCAAUCAAAUAGAAGCCAACACUAACAGAGUCGUGGGUACAUAUGGAUACAUGGCGCCAGAGUAUGCAAUGGAGGGGCAAUUUUCAGUAAAGUCCGAUGUUUACAGCUUUGGAGUUUUAAUGCUAGAAAUCAUAAGUGGGAAAAAGAAUAUGGGCUUCUAUCAUCCAGAGCAUGCAGAAAGCCUUCUCUCAACUGCAUGGCGACUAUGGAAUGAAGGCAAAGGAGUGGAGUUGAUAGAUCAGACCUUAGUCGACACUUGUCCUAGAAGUGAGGCUCUGAGAUUGAUCCAUAUCGCAUUGUUGUGUGUUCAGGAAGAUCCCAGUGAAAGACCUACAAUGUCAAUGGUCGUCCUGAUGCUUGGAAGCAGCUCGAUAAACCUUCCUCGGCCAUUAGCACCUCCAUUCUCUGUAGGUAGACCUCCUAUCUUAUCUGAUCAAUCUACAACAAGUGGAGCCAUGAUAAGAUUUUCGGCAUCUGAUCAAUCUUCAACAAGUGCUUCUACCUAGUGAAGAGAUUAACUGAAGUAUAUAUGCUGUUCCAUCCAUCCAUUUAAAAACUUGAAUUUUCCAUUUUGAUUACAGAAUUUCCUUCCUGUCAGGGGAUGCGUCAUUUUCCUGCAAAUAAUACAGGGUAUAGAACUGUAGUACUUCUAUAAACCAUAUCCUACUUCUAUUCUUGUAAUAGUUUUUGCAGUAAAUAUAUUUGCGUACGAAGAGGAACUACAUUAAAUUA